AUGGCCAUGACCAUUACCAGUGUUUCUCAGCCCACGGAUAGUCCUGUCCCGGUGCACUUUGGCUCGGCGCAAUCCAAGCGCUGCCGAUACUUCACCCCACCUGAUGCGAGCUAUCAUGCCACCACCUCGCCAACCAGCAAGAUGGCCUGCGCGCAGCGUGGUCCCGUCAAGCGUCGCCAAAGCGAUGACCUCGACACCGAUUCAGAUGGCGAAGAAGACACGUUCACCCCCCAAGAGCCCUUGUUCAAACCGCGUUCACAGGCCCAACCCGCCUCGUCAUACUUGCCCCUCGAGUUACGCCGCCGCGCCUACCGUGCCUCCACCCACUCGCCCGUGAGCAGCCCCUCCGCGGCCGCUUCACACAGCACCGCUGGGCUCGUACCCAAGGCCGUUCCAAAACCCACGCCCAUCGUGCUCACCCUUGAGCAAGUUGAGAGCAUGAUUGAAAAGGCCGUCAAGGAUCGUGAAGAGCAGCUCGCUCAGGAAUAUAACAGCCUGCUGGCUGAAAAACUGCAAGUCAUCCCCUACUUCACGGCUCUGAUAGAGCAAUUUAAUCAGUUCCACAAAUUUAACGAGGACUUUAUUCAUCGGCGCAUGGAGGAGUCAACUUUUAGCUACAUGUCAUAA